CCGAGCAGCAGAUCCAGUCUGUGGGCACCGAGCAGCAGAUCCAGUCUGUGGGUUCUCCCCACAUCUCUUCAUCCCUCCCCAGGGCCGCUGCUGGAGGAGGGGAGCUGCACCAGCAGUGAUGACGACGUGGAGGGGCUGAGGCGGCGGCAGGUCCAUCAGCCCCGUGCUGGGACCCCCCCUCCUACACCCAUCCCGCGCCGUGUGAUGCAAGAUGAAGGCAACGAGGAAGGGCUCAGUGCCAACAAACUGCUGCUGGGAGCGCUGGCGUUGGUGGCCGUGGCUCUGCUGAUCGUCUGUGGUGGUUUCUACGAUACGGCAGACGGUCCUGUGGAUGUGAUGAGCCACGAUGCAACAGACGUGGAGCAGGAAGCUGUGCCCGACAACGGCAGCGACUCCCCACAGAAGCCCCCCCUGGACGGUGGGGACUUGCACAGCAUGCAGUCCAUGAGCGUGCUGCUGGACCGCCUGGCCAAGGAGAACCAGGACAUCCGCCUGAUGCAGGCUGAGCUACAGGCCCACAAGGAGGAGCUGCAGGCGCUGCUGCAACAAAGCGAAGGUGCAGCAGCAGCAGCUGGGGUGCAGCAGCAGAGUUUGGCCAAGGAGAACGCCGAGCUCCGUGCAGCACUGCAGCGUGAGGCCGAGGCACUGCGGGUUGCACGCGCUGAACUGCAACGCCUGCAGGCCCGGGGGGGUCCCAGUGACCCCCAGCCCCACAAGGAGCAGCCUCACGGUCCCAGUGCUGCGGUGCGUGGGGAGGGAGCCCGGCAUGAGGCACGGCACCGUGGGCUGUUGGAGUCGGUGCAGCACGAGCUGGCAGCUGCCCUGCAGCGAGCUCAGGGUGCGGGGGGGCUGGAGGGGCUCAGAGAGGAGCUGAGGGUGCUGGAGGAGCGCCUGCGCCGGGAGCUGGGGGGGUCCGAGGGGCCUGAGGCAUUCCCUGGGCAUUGGAAAAAGGGGUUCAAGGCAGAAAAGAAGGAGAGGGGGUGGCACAAGCGGGACGGCCACCGCGAUCGGGGCAAAGCCCACGGCAAGGAGCACCACGGCAAGGAGCACCACGGCAAGGAGCACCACGGCAAGGAGCCCCGGCCCCACAGGGAGCACAGAGAGGGCAAAUCUGGGGGGAAGUGGUCCCGUGGCCCCCGGGAGCUGCCCCCCCUCAGCCAUUCCCGAGCCCCCCAGGGCUGCUCAGGGGUGACCGACUGCGCUCACAAAGAGGGCCGUGAGGCGCUGGGGGCUGCGCUGGAGCCCGUGCAGAAGGCGCAGUUCUUGCAGUUGCUGGAGGGCUUCAUGGGGAGGUUGGGC